CCGCGGUAGCGAUGGAGUCCAUUCCUUUUAAUCCGAUAUUGGAAUACAAUUCCGAUACACUGUUAUUUAUAAGAAAACUGUAUGACUUGGAUAAAUUGGAGAGAAUGGAGGAAGCCAUCACCAUUUUACGAGAUUGGCUCAAGAAACAGGAUCAUAUUGUUAAGAAAAAUUAUUCAUCAAAUUAUUUGGAGAGGGUUAUUAUCAUAAGCAAGGGUUCCGUGGAAAGAGCAAAGGCGAAACUAGAUAAAAUAGCUACUUUUCGGACUCUGCUGCCCCAAUAUUUUGAGCCGUUAAACGAUUUGGAAAAGCCCCUAUUAAAUGAUUUAGUUACUGGAAUUCCAUCAAAAAUGACCCCAGACCACUACCGGGUGAUAAUCACAAAUAAUAAAGCCAAAAAAAUCGAUGGGGGUCUAAUGGAUUUCUACAGAUAUCUUAUUAUGAUUGCUGAGUACAUGCAAUGUAAUGACUAUUUAAAUGGCGUAGAGGUGAUCUUCGAUUACAGAGAAGCAAACCUUAUAGAGUUAAUAAAAGCAUUGAAUUUAGUUGAAAUGCAGCAAGUUUUAGCAAUCGUUAUGGAAGGCUACGGUAUGCGUAUAAAAGGCAUCCACUUUAUAACAACAUCAAAAGCGAUAGACACUGUGGUUUAUCUGUUCAAGUCAGCGCUAAACAAGAAAGUUGCCGAGCGCAUCCAUGUCCACAAUAAUGUGGACACGUUACACAAACACAUACCUAAAGAUAUACUACCCUCUGACUAUGGUGGCCAGGCGAAAUCAUUACUUGAACUCAGUGAUGACUUAAAAGCAGAAUUAAGUUCAGAAAAUUACCUUAAGCAUUAUAAAGAGAUGCAGAAAGCCUGUACCAACGAAAACUAUCGGCGGGACGACAAAUUCAACGAACAAUGCGUAGGAAUGCCUGGCUCCUUCAGACAACUGAGCGUAGAUUAAAAAAAUGCGUGUGUCAGUUCCGACGCACGAAUGGAGUUUACUCUUUCAGAUCGACUGUCUAAAUAGGUGUAUGUUGCCCCGCACCAUACACUAUGUACGUCUUAUCUACGUCUGAAUAGUGAAAGGUGCGCAACCGAGGAGCAGCAGGCCGCGGCGUGCGCGCACGGUGAAAGGUGCGCAGAAUAGGUUGCGCACAGAAAAACGUAACGCUGUCAUUCGUUUAUCGAAUUUUACUGCCCAUAUUUUUUUCAUACUAUGAAAAAUCGAUCCUUAAGGAGUAAACUCCAAAAACAAUAUUAUUAUCUAAAUCGUAUUGUUUAGUAAUUAUAGCCUUACUAGAAAAAUAAAAAGCUUAGUUACUAGGUUGCGGAAAAAAAAACUAAUUUAUUCCAUUAGUAUUAGCUUAGAAUAAUAUGACCUUGACUGGAGUGAUGAGAUCCCCGUAUUUUACCUGUUUAAGGAUUCGAAAACUAGAAAGAUGUAUUGGAAUGUCAUUUGCUAUCGACAGGUCACGUGAUCAAGAUCUGUCGUUUCCAUACAUUUUUCUAGUUUUCGAAGCGUUAGCGAUCGUAGAAAGAGAAUCGAUGAGCCACUUGGCUAGGGGGGCAGGCUAUAUAAUACUUUCGUAGACAAUGCUUAUGAUUGUGAUUUAGACAAUAGUCUAAAUUAUUUUUAAACAAGAUGGUAUAGUUUUUUUAUAUAUUUCUUCAACUAUGAUCAUUAUUAAAGUAUGUAAUCUAUAUAUCCAAUAGAUAAUAAUUAAGUCAUACAAUGUUUAUUUUAUGACAAAAUUACAUAAUACCUACCAAAAAAAUAAAAGAUAAGAAAGUUUACUGUAAUUCGUUUGAAUAUGUAUAUAUUUAUUAUUAUUACAACAUUCAAUAUUUACAAGAUUCAUAUUUAUUUUUACACCCCUGAGCCUUGGAGAGCACGUUAAGUAGUCCAGUAUCAUUAGCAUCGUCAGAAUAAAGGACUAGUCAUCAUUAACAGCUGAUAGACGUUCACUGCUGGACAUAGAUCUCUUGCAUGGACUUCCAAGCACAACGGUCUCUAGCGGUCUGAUAUCCUUGGUCCACCUAGUGGAGGAUUUCU